AUGGACGAUUGGCAAGACGAAGCGCUCUCCUCGCGACAUAUGCACAAUAGAGUUGGAAAGGGCGGCGGCAGAUCACAGCGACAUGGCUCGAGAUUCAAUGUUCGCAAAUCCUUUGGUGGCUUCUCGGUGGACUGUCCAACCUAUACGAGAGCCUGUGGCAGCGAAGGAGACAUGAAAUCUGCCGGCAACCCGGAUUUACAACUAUAUCGCCUUACGACAGACGGGCAGGGUGUCGUGGGGACGCUUUCUUUGCCAGGCACGCUGCAGGCGGCGGUCAUUCUUGCGGCGAGCAGAAAGAGUUUACAAGCAAUUGUUUCCAGCCUAGAGGCCGAGGAUCCUGCCAAUGAUGAUGCUGAAGAGCUGGAGCGCGAAGGAAGUAGCGAGCGCGAUAAUAACACCGAUGAAGAUGGUGACGAUCAGGAGCACCUUGAUGAGGCCGAUCAGCUUGAGAACGAUCGCUUCAAGGCUUUUGAAAAGAACAGUUUUCGUACACCAAAGUUCUGGCUGCAAUGGUGUGGAAGUCCGAUACCCCCAGGCUCGACGAUUCAGGAUGCCGAGUCGACCACACCGGAAACGGGGCUGGGUUAUAUCGUGUUUUCUGGAAACGAUUGCCGAAAGUUUAGCGGGACGCUCAACUGCAGCACGCUUGGUUGGGAAGAUGUGGCGAUCAGUGGUCAUAAGCUUGCAUCACGAUCUGAAUCAGAUGUACCCGUGGUGUGGGCGCAAACCGGGUCGGAUAUCUAG